AUGAACGAAAAUAGGCAAAAGAUCCUCCAAGGACAGCUGGAUUCGCAGCUAAACGAUCUAGGCCGUCGCCAGGCGCAAACAGUUGCACUCGCGCUCAAAGACGAACGAUUUACACACGCUUAUUCAAGUGAUUUGAUCCGAGCGAAAGAUACGGCAGAGGCGAUUCUGCAGUAUCACCAGGUUUAUUUGGUGACUAUGAAGGAGCUUAGGGAAAAGUCGUUUGGUGAUGCCGAAGGCCUGCCCAUAGGGACCAAAGUCAAGAAUCGGGGCGAGAGUGUCGCACAAUUUCGAGCAAGAGUACUAGGAUGGUGGACCAAGGUCAUGAGCGAGCAUCUUUCGAACGAUCUCUUCGAGGAGAAGCCGACCAUUCUGUUGGUCGUGAGCCAUGGUGGCUUUAUACGAACGCUCCUGGAAGCCCUAACAACGCAAGAUGGAUUCUCCUUCGAAGCAAAGAGUCACAUUGGUCAUAUUCCCAAUACUGGUGUGACGACCAUCCAAGUCUCUGACGUCUCCCGUGGUCAAAUUAUUUCUUGUGGUGAUGACUCGCAUCUCAGUACGUUUGGAGAACAAGAAGCAGCAUUGAAAAUAAAUGUGGACGAGCUGCUUACUGCCUAA